AUGUCAGCUUAUGAAGAUUAUCUCCAAGACUUAAAUGAAGAGAGUGUUUCUAUAAUGGUGCCAGUUAUUUUGUUUAUGAUCCUGUUGUUUAUAAUUGGAAUCUGCGGCAAUGCUCUGGUGAUAAUAGUGUAUUGUACCAAAAGUAGAAUGAGCCGUGCCAACAUCAGCAUGUUGGGAUUGGCAUUUGUAGACUUUUUUUCAUGUCUGGUCAUCCAUCCUUAUGUCAUCUAUAAACUCUUUCAUGAAUUUAAUCAAGAUUGGUUUGUCGUCUGCAAAGUUUUUGAAUUUUUUAUUCACGCUAGUCAAAGUGUUUCUUGUACCUUGUUGGUAUGUAUUGCUUAUGACCGCUAUAGGUCAAUAUGUUCUCCUUUGGAAUUUUACAGUGGAUUUCCAAAAUUUACUCGCUCUGUUGUUGGUUGUGUGGUAGUGGGAUUUUUGGGUAGUGUGCCAGUUUUGAAGUUCUAUGGUUUAAGAUCAGAUUUGGUAACGUUAGAAAAUGGACAGAUUUUAACUCAGAAAUGUGACUACAGUGAUGAGUAUCAGACGUCACUGUCAACAGUCAUAUAUGGUGUUGCAGCAUUUCUUGCUUUCUUUAUCUCCUUUCUCUUUAUCACUAUUAUGUAUUGGAGAUUAGCAGCAGUUGUCAGAAAAUCGAAGAGAAUUCAUCCAAUCCUCACAGUUUCUUCUUCAGUGACACGUCAGUCAUCAUCACAAGCUGAUAAUUUUCAGAUCCUGUCACAGAUUUCAACAACCUUACAAUCUAAAGAUAGCACCAGUACAGAAAACAUGCUAGGAUUCAAAAAUAAUGGUGAUGUUAAAAAUCCCAAAAGAGAGGUAAAGCAGCCAGUUCCAGUUUUGAAUCCUAUACAGACUGCUACACUACCAAAUGGACUUUCUCCAACAAAAACCGCCAAGAUGCUGUUUUUGGUGACCUUGGUCUUUUUGCUGUCAUGGUUGCCAUUUUGGAUUGUGAAGUUUUCUGCUAUUACUGGUGCAUUUUCAGAUAAAAAAUUAGGACCACUGGCUGUAGUACAGAAAUUUCUGACUCAUCUGUUCUUUUUAAAUAAUGCAGUCAACCCUAUUAUAUAUACUGGUAUGAAUAAAAAAUUUUGUGAUGAUCUGAAAGUUUUGAAACGUAGAAUACAACGUAUAUUUCAAUAA